AUUACUGGUUGUGAACGGAUCAAAGUGGCGAUAAUCGCACAAAACGAUUACUUGACCGACAAAUUCACACUCAAAGAAGCGCUUCUGUUUGCCUCGAAGACCAAGAAUGGCGUCAAGAAAGUAGAUCACGAAGAGAUCGUUAAUAAUGUGGUCAAUGCGCUAUCAUUAGAGACCUGUUUGGACACCCGUUUGGGCAAAUGCAGUGGUGGUCAGCGUCGACGAGUGUCUAUAGCCUUGGAAUUGGUGUCCAAUCCUAAUAUACUAAUACUGGAUGAGCCCACCUCUGGUCUCGACAGCUCUGCCUGUUUUCAGAUCAUUGAGAACUUAAGGGAUUUAACUCAACACAAGAAGAAUCCGAUGGCAAUCGUGGCNCACUUAUCGGUAGUAAGUCUAUCGGUGCCAGAGUUUCACAAUCCGGCUGAUUAUAUCGCAGAGAUAGCGUCUGGAGAGCACGGGGAGGACUGUAUCAUACGACUGGCCACUCAUCGGAAGGAAUCUCUAAGCAAAAUAGAAACCACAGAAAUAACCGAAUCCUCUCAUAAACUGUCGAAAAUGUCACAAAAAUAUAAGUUUCCUCUCAUUUUGCAUACAAUACUACUCAUUCAGAGGGCAUCCCGACUGUUGGUCAGAGAGCCACACCUAUCAUGGAUUAGGCUGAUUACGAGUACAGUGGUGGGCAACCAAGUGCUCGGGUAUUCAACAUGUUUCAUAAUGUUUACGUCAUUUCACAUAAUGGACAACAAUUUGGUGCAGCACUUAUCGGUAGUAAGUCUAUCGGUGCCAGAGUUUCACAAUCCGGCUGAUUAUAUCGCAGAGAUAGCGUCUGGAGAGCACGGGGAGGACUGUAUCAUACGACUGGCCACUAUGUCACAAAAAUAUAAGUUUCCUCUCAUUUUGCAUACAAUACUACUCAUUCAGAGGGCAUCCCGACUGUUGGUCAGAGAGCCACACCUAUCAUGGAUUAGGCUGAUUACGAGUACAGUGGUGGGCAUACUCUUGAGUUUUGUGUUCGCCCACCCAGAUCUGGGAAAAGUUGCCGGAUGUCCGCCCAGAAUGGAGGGCCUAUACAGCGAUAAUCCGACAGAUCUGUUCAAAAAUGCUGUUUACGAGCAAAAACGAAUCGAUGAGAAUUUGGGCUCAAUUUUCUUUAAUGUAGUUUUCUUACAAUAUUCCGGACUUUUACCGAUGAUUAUGACAUUCCCGCGAGAAUUCAAUUGCCUUAUCAAACACUACACUAAUGGCUGGUACUCUACGUUCACGUAUUAUAUAUCAAAAAUUAUUACCGAUUUGCCGGUUAUAUUCACGGCUACUUUCAUAUACCUUACGCUAUGGUAUUUACUGACCGGACAAACAGAGGAGUUAUGGAGAUAUUGGACACUAAUUCUUGUGGGUAUACUCAUUAUGAUGAACGGACAAAGUCAUGGUAUGAUAUGCAGUGCUAUCUUCUCCAAAGACCCGGUCAAUGCCGCCUAUUUAACUAUAGUGACCUCAACGCCAUUCUUCCUAUUAAGUGGUUAUCUCGUGAGAAGUAAACGAAUUCCCGAUUAUAUCCGUCCGUUGACGGCACUGUCGCACACGAAGUACGGCUUCGAGUCCAUAGUGAUCACUAUAUACGGCUACGAGCGCUGUUGGUAUCCCGACUCCAACCGCACUUUAGUGGAGCCGCCGUGGCUUCGGUUCCUUCGGGUGAUGACCUCAUCCAUGAUCGACCACAAGGCAAAUGACGACGACUUGAACUUUAUCACCGAUAAUACCACUCAGGAUAGCAGUAGUGAAAGGGAUGGCAACGCUAUGCACGACCUCCUCGCCCUCUUUUCGGGCAGUCAUGCAGUCAGUGAUAAUAAGUACCAAUCGAUGGUUAUGUCUCAGUUUGAGUUCACCGAUGAUAUGCUUCCCUUCAAUAUAUUGGUUCUCAUCUUAUAUACUGUCUUUCAAAUGAAUAUCAGC